UGUUCUAUCUGUAAAAAGAAAGAUUCUUUGGAAUAAAUAAAAUGAAAAUUGAGAAUAGUUGUGAAAUAAAAAGGCUGGGCUUACUAUUGGACUUGGAUUCACGUGGAAUAAGCCAUUUCUUGGGCCCAUAAACAAAUGAAAUUCCCAGUCUGGCGCUGCUGCCUUCUCAUCGAGCGAGCAACGCACCGAGUGUGUAGCAGGGAGGAAAAAAAAGAAAAAAGAAGCACACGCAUGGGGGAGGAGAUUAAGCAAUGGCGAGUCAAAACAUUCGAAAAGCUUCCUUCAGCUCCAGUUUUCGCGUCUCAGAUAGAAUCCGAAAACGUCCCUGCUGUCUUCAAUGGAUACACGAGGCAAUGGAAAGCUUUCACCAAGUGGAAUCCUGCUAAUGGCGGAGAGGGUAGGAUCAUCUACCAUUGAAGCUAUGCUUUCCAGAACUGCACCUGUCUUUUAUGGCGAUCUUAGAAGCCAUGAGAGGGUUCCAUUUCCGUUCUCCACGUUUAUUGAUUUUUGCAAGCAGCGUAUAGCAAAAGAAGAAGGGCAUCAGCCUGCAGUUUCUGAUGCAGAAGAGCAGGACCAUUUUAUUUCUGGUGAUUAUGCUCAACAGGUCUAUUUGGCCCAGGUGCCAAUUAUGAAUACUGAAGAUCGAGAGAGGGUCCAACUUGCAACUCUUAGAGAAGACAUUCAAAUUGUUUCUGCUCUUCUUUUCUUCUUGUUUAGUUGGUUAUCCAUAGAGAAAUGUUUGUUGAGUGUUGAUUAUUUUGUGCAGCCUGCUUUUUUGGAGUCAAAAGAACUAGCUUCUAUUAAUCUGUGGAUGAAUAAUGCUCAUGCUAGAUCAAGUACUCACUAUGAUCCACAUCAUAAUGUUCUAAGCAUAGUUGCUGGACGCAAACAAGUUACCUUAUGGCCUCCUUCUGCAAGCCCAUUUUUAUACCCGAUGCCUAUAUAUGGGGAAGCCUGUAAUCACAGUUCUGUUGCUUUAGAAAACCCUGAUUUUUCAUUGUAUCCAAGAGCACAAUUCUCCUUGGAAUAUUCGCAGAAGGUUGUUCUUCAUGCAGGUGAUGCGCUUUUCAUCCCCGAAGGCUGGUUCCAUCAAGUAGAUAGUGACGAUUUGACCAUUGCUGUUAACUUUUGGUGGCGGUCCAACAUAAUGUCUAGCAUGUUAGAACACAUGGAUGCUUAUUAUUUGCGCAGAAUUUUAAGAAGAUUGAUUGAUAAAGAAAUGGUACGUGUCCCCCUUGUUUAUAGGCAGUGCAAAAUUGUUUGUUGUUUUAGAUUGUGUGCGUUGUAUGUAUACGGAUAUAUUUCUAUGCAUAAUUCAUAUGAAUAUUUUUCUUUUGAGUUUGCAUUCACUUUUCUAAAUGCAAUCUCUAGGAAAUUUUUUUUCCUGGAAAUGGAUCCUUGAUAUAGCCUGAGAAUUACCAAUAGAUAUAACUGUGUGUUACUUCGCACUUAUUAAGUACUCGGUACCUAAAAGUUCUUUUUUUUUUUUUUUUUUUUUCCAGUUAGAUUAUAGACCAGAAACAUUUGGCAAUUUUAGGUCUAAGAGCCUUAUUAGGGCUCCACAUACGAAUGAAAAAUGAGCAUACAUUGGUGAUA